GAGACUCGGGACCAGCAAGACCAAGGAAGAUAUUGCCCCGGUCCUACUGCGUGUUCCGUGGGUUCUUACUUAGGAAUACCUCUGCGUGGAUGUCCAUAGUGGAAGCUCUCGCGGCUCAAGCACGUAUCGGAAUCGGCGCGGCUCAUGCAAUAUGAGUUGCACCAUGAGUCUCCAUGACUCACAGGACACCUCACGCCACAGCUCACCUACGCGCUCGACGACCUCCACCGACCUUUGGUCGCGGACCGUUGAAAGCCCCGGAGUCGACGCUGCCCGCCUGGCAGGAGAGACCUCCGUCUCCAAUCCCUAUCCUCGCAGAGUGCACGCGGCGGAUCUCGCGCGCUGCGAGGAUUUCGAGGCCGUGCUGGACGUUGACAACUUCUUCCGCAGUUGGCUCGAGCUGCCCGACCCGAGGCCAGUGGAACUUCCCGCACGGUCAUUGCUUCAGCUGAAAGGCCAGCGCUUGGUGCUGCCAGAGGGCGACCAGCCCUGCAGAGACGACGGCCGAGCCAACUUUGUUUGCGCCCUCUUCGUUCAGCUGGAGGAUGACGAGGAGUUUUGUUUGGUGAAGAGGCUGCUGGGCAAAGGCGGCUGCAACAUGAGCGCCAUCGCAAACAGCUUCGACGCCAAGAUACGCCUGCGUGGGCGCGGCAGUUGGCACUUAGAAACCCUGCAACAGGAGGCGGAUAUGCCGCUGCAGAUCCACGUGAGCUGCCGGGAGUUCGGGAACUACCUCAGCUGUGUGGGCUCUUUGGCUCAUCUCCUGGAGGGCCUCUACCAGCACUACUGGCGUUUCGUGCGGUCCAAGUGCAUGCAGGCCCCUGACUUGCACGUGAAGGUCGACGAGUGGCGGCGCAGCGAUUGCGGCAUUGACUUGUUACACCCAGCGCCACAGCCUGCGGCUUCCGCGCCCGCGGCUUCCGCGCCGGUCGGCAGCGGCCGGCCCGUGGUGUCGCCGUUCACCUUGGAGGUGGGGGGCGGGGCCUGGCGCAAGGACGAUGCCUGGGGCAGGCGAGACCUCGGACGCGCGCCUGGUGCGCGCAGGCGCUGGGUUCCGAAGGCUCCAAAAAACGCCGGGCCGACGAGUGCUCUGAGGUGUGAGGGUUAUUGAAGCUCAACCAGGUGGCCAACUUCUAAACCAAUG